CGGCAAGCAAGCUAGGCGACUGCGGGGCGUCCGAGCUACAGGCAUCUGAGAAAGAACGAAAGCGGGCCACUCCCCGCUUACUCCCAAGACUCGACACAAGACACACAAGACACUUCAGACAGCCAUGCAGCAGGAGCGAGAGAGCGCGGAGCUGUGCCUGAACGGCUGCGGCUUCUUCGGCGCGCCCGGCAGCGGCGGCAUGUGCUCCGUGUGCUGGAAGAAGACCAUGUCGGACCGCCAGGCGGCGGCGGCGCAGUCCCCGCGCGCGGCGGAGCAGAAGGUGGACGAGGCUGCCAAGCUGGAGACGGCGGUGCCCGCCGAGACCGCGGACAACCAGAGCGUGGCCCCCAGGGACGUGGCGGCGGCCGAGGAGGAAAGGCCGGCGGAAAAGCUCGUGCAGAAGAACAAGAAGCGCUGCUGGGAGUGCAAGAAGAAGGUGGGCCUCACGGCCAUCGAGUGCCGCUGCGGCUACGUGUUCUGCAGCAGCCACCGGUACGCGGACCAGCACAACUGCAGCUUCGACUUCAAGGCGGCGGACCGCGCCGAGCUGGCGCGUCGCAACCCGGGCGGCGGCCAGUUCGGCAAGCUGGAGAAGCUGUAAGCGGUUCUGCUAAGAGAGAGAGGGCCAGGAGGUUGCCAGGAUUCGACGGUGCGCGAUCAGUCAAGUGCUGACUUCGCGGGCCAGCGGCGCGGGGAACGACUCUUUGCGCCCGAAUCGACGACCGAGUGGCUGGAGACGGAUGACGAGCGGACGCGCUGGGGCCAGGCGAGCGGCGCGUUGCUUGGUGGAUGUAAUAUUAGGACGGAGGCCCGAAGCGCCAGCCAGCGACCGAACGCGGCCCACGAGAGAGAGACUCCCAGAGAUUCGCUUAGCCCAGCUUUUCGCCAUCCAUGCAGUUUUUCUUUGCUACACUCUUUUUUUUUCUUAGGAAUGGAACUUGAUUUUCUUAUU